AUUUGCCGCUAGGGUGUGUGGAAGUCACUCAGCUGAGAGAACGUCAAUCUCAAUUCAGGCCUCUGGUUCAGGCACAGCUACUGUUUCAUAGCUGAAAAUGUCUAUCCUGGGCUUAAAGAAGAAGCAACCAAAGACUUUUAAAGUCAAAGUCAUCACUAUGGAUGCUGAAAUGGAGUUCAGCUGUGAGGUCAAGUGGAAAGGGAAAGACUUAUUUGAUCUUGUCUGUCGCACCAUUGGCCUCAGAGAAACGUGGUUCUUUGGACUCAGAUACAAGGUGAAAGACACCAACGCCUGGCUGAAAACAGAGAAACGGGUCCUGGAUCAAGACGUUCCCAAGGACUCUCCCAUAACGUUUAAUUUUUUAGCAAAGUUUUUCCCCGAGAAGGUGGAAGAAGAGUUGGUCCAGGAGAUCACACAGCACCUCUUCUUUUUGCAGGUUAAAAAACAGAUACUGGACGAAGAGAUAUUCUGCUCUCCAGAGGCGUCUGUACUUUUGGCAUCCUAUGCUGUCCAAGCAAAGUAUGGCGACUAUGACCCUAACUUCCACAAACCUGGCUUCCUGGCCCAAGAUGAACUGCUACCCAAAAGAGUGCUGAUGCAGUACCAGAUGACCCCUGACAUGUGGGAGGAGAAGAUCACAGCGUGGUACGCAGAGCACAGAGGCAUCGCCAGGGACGAAGCAGAGAUGGAGUACCUGAAAAUAGCGCAGGACCUGGAGAUGUAUGGCGUGAGCUACUUUUCCAUCACGCAAAACAAGCGGGAUACAGAGCUUCUACUGGGGGUGGACGCCCAGGGCCUUCAUAUCUACAGCCCCAACAGCAAGCUCACGCCCAACAAGUCCUUCCCCUGGAGCGGCAUCCGCAACAUCUCCUACAGCGAGAAAGAGGGUCUUUGUUGUGUUGGAAAAGAACGUGACCAAGGACAUGGAGUGAUGUUCACAAUAAAGCCCCUGGACAAAAAGAAGGAUGUUUUCAAGUUCUACUCAUCACAACUACGUGUCAAUAAGCUGAUCCUGCAGCUGUGCAUCGGCAACCACGACCUUUUCAUGAGGAGGAGGAAGGUGGACUCCAUAGAGGUGCAGCAGAUGAAGGCACUAGCAAAAGAAGAGAAGGCCAGGAAAAAGAUGGAGCGCCAGGUGUUGGCGCGGGAGAAGCAGAUGCGUGAGGAGGCUGAGAGGGCCAAGGAGGAGAUGGAGAGACGCCUCUUCCAGCUACAGGAUGAGGCUCGCAUGGCCAACGAGGCCCUGAUUCGUUCGGAGGAGACGGCGGACCUGCUGGCGGAGAAGGCCCAGAUCGCGGAGGAGGAGGCCAAGCUGCUGGCCCACAAGGCGGCCGAGGCGGAGCAGGAGCGGCAGAGGCUGGAGGUGACCGCGCUCAAGACCAAGGAGGAGAAGCGGCUCAUGGAGCAGAAGAUGAGGGAGGCCGAGACGCUCGCCGUCAAGCUGGUGGAGCAGUCCGAGAGGAGGUUAAAGGAGGCUGACCACCUAAAGCAGGACCUGACGGAGGCCAAGGAUGCGGAACGCAGAGCCAAACAGAAGCUCCUGGAAAUCACCAAAACCACAUACCCGGUGGCGUCUUCUUAUGCCGGCCCGCCCCCCGCCGCCCCGGAGUAUCCCGACGCCUCUGCUGAGUCCGGCUCCCUCAGAAUGGACUUCAAGGACUCGGACAUGAAGCGACUGUCUAUGGAGAUCGAGAGAGAGAGGCUGGAGUACAUGGAGAAGAGCAAGCACCUGCAGGACCAACUGAAGGAGCUCAAGUCGGAGAUCGAGUCUCUGAAGCUGGAGGAGCAGCAGCAGCAGGCCGGCCUGUUUGGCCUCCCGCCCCCGCAGGCUCGCGCCGCCUACCAGGAGCCCAUGUACUUACCUCACAGCAACCGCAACUCUGCAUAUAUGACUCAGAUGGCCUACUUCGAGGAGGUGUGAGACGACUCAACACAUGGCGAAGGAAAAGAGGGAAGAGAGUACACGUCCACUUGGGAUGAAUGUGCAAGCCACCAACUCUCAGUCACUCACUCUCAAUACACUAACAGACACAGAUUUUUACACGCGCACGCACACACACACACACACACACACACACACACACACACACACACACACACACACACACACACACACACACACACACACACACACACACACACAGAACAUUUGCUCACCUCACACUAACUUAUGCUGAGUCGUUAAAGAACUCUUUGACAAACUUUUUUUCCCUGCAUUUCAAGGUCAACACAUGUUAAACAAUGUUUUGAUUUGUGCAUAACUUUUGUGCUUUUGUGUUGAAUGGAAGUGACCGUGAACAUUUUGUUUAUUUUAAUCCGAUUAUGGCAUCUUUUACAAGUGCUAAAAAGGGAUUGCUGGCCAACAAGAUGUUUGCCUCUUACAGUUUCUUCUUGGCGUGGUGUUACUGUAAAAAAAAAGAAAUGUUUAAAUAUCUUAUCUUAGUGAGAUGAUAAGUGGAUUAUUGACCUUUUUGACAUGAUAAGAGGCCUAAAAGUGAAUUCCAGUGAUAUUGUGUCAUGUGCCUUACUGUGGCUGAAUCUACCAUAGCUGACAAAGCUAAUUCAGUACAUUUUAGUGACCAUUUGCCAGGUGCUGAAAGCAAAUGAACCCUCGAGAGCACACAACAGCUGAAGUCCAGACAGGCACAUCUGGCUCGGCCUGGUGUCCACGAAUGAACUUAAGCUGGAUAUACACUGUGCAACUUUUUCCAUCAUGGCAUCACGGCCCUGCCGUGGCCAACCGGUAGGGCACUUGCCUGCCAUGCGGCUGACCCGGGUUCAAUUCCUGGCCCGGGUCGUUUGCUGACUCCUCCUCGUCUCUCCCCCAAUUCGCUUCCUGUCCACCUCUCACACUGUCCUAUCAAAUAAAGUCGAAAAAGACCAACAAUUUUUUAUUUUUUUUAUUUUAUUUUUUUUUAAAGUGAAUCGCAGGGGAUUAAUGGUUCCCAAUUCACUAUUACUGUUCUGACACUGUCCAUGCAGUGUGAUAGCCUCACUACAGCCGACCAGAAUUUCCAACGUUUGAUUUUCAAACCAUCGAUCGGGAGGUGGGGUGUUAUGGUGCAUUAUUUUGAAACUUGGUUGUCGGAAACCCAGACCUCAGUCUCAGAAAGUGCAAAAGAACGGGUACUCAACUCGGGGUUCCGAUACACUAACUCUGAGCACUUCGGUGUAGUCAGAGUCGUAUUGUCCCCAGCUGUUACAAUGGAAUGCAUUUACAACGUUUGUUGGGAGAACAACCUCGGAUCUACCGACAGCCGAGUUUUAGAAGAAUGAGCCAUAAAUCCCUUGCUGUUACCCCACGGACGUUACACGAUAUGAAACGCACGAUUGAGCCAAAAUGCGACCCAAUCCUCAAGAUAGUUGUUGUAUGACUGAAAAUUCGUGGCAAAAUGGGCCAAAAAUUGCACAGUGUAUAUCUGGCUUUGGUGUGCGUGUCUUUUUGCCGUUUCAAAGCUCUGAAAUUCUUCGUUCUUUCCUACCCUGGGCUUGGAGGUCCCCUAGCUCCAGGGUAGUUUGCACUAAAUGUCUCUGUCCUGUCGUGUAUAUGAUAUGUUAGCCUUUUGGUAGGUUUAUUGUUCUUUUUCGUUAAGGGAUUGUUGAGUAAAAUGGAAGAAAAAAAAAGAAAUAAUGGAUACGCUGACGGAUAACCACAUUCUACACACUGUGACGUUAGUUUGGCUGCUUGUGUGAAUUCUGCCCCAUUUUGUUUUUAACGAGAGCAGCUCUGCUAACCCAUUCGUCCAUUGUGCGUGUAGGCACUACAUAGACACUGAUCACACCGAUAUCAUAUGAUACUAUGGUCUUAUUUGAAUGUGCAUGUAUGCGUCACCUGUCUUCUGGGAGGGAAAUCCUCUGAAUUAGGGCUGCACGAUUAUGGCAAAAAAAUCAUAAUCACGAUUGUUUGGGUCAUAAUCGGAAUCACGAUUAUGAAUCACGAUUAUUGAUUUUUUUUGCUGAAUUUUCUUUUGAUUUAUAACAAAAUGAAAUAUUACCAAUAAUUCGUUAUAUACGGGAUGAAAGAAAUACUGUAAAAACGAAUUGUAUGAAUUUUGAAGAGGCCAGAUUUCUUGACAGAAACACCAGCCUGUCAGUAUGCUCUGGCUUCAAGGACGCUCAAAGGCAGGUCACUAUUGCUACGGUUAAAUCCUGAUUGAAAUCACGAUUUCGAUAUCACGAUUAAAUCAUGAUUUUUGAUUAUUUUCAAUUAAAAUUGUGCAGCCCUACUCUGAAUCCCUGAUGUGAGCAGUAUUAUGUUAUGAGCCAAUUGAGAUCUUUACAGCCAUCUCGUUCAGGUCACUCAAGCUCUAGAACUGCUGAACCAUUUCAGCCAUACAUUAUAUGCAUUGUGUUUGUUUAUUUUAUGUUUUUUCCAAACACUAAUGUUGUGUUGUUUAUUCCCUGUUAUUUAAACAACCUGGGAAGCCAAUGUCAGCCUUGGCCAUGUAUUUCUGUUUGCAGUUGUUGUUGUUGUUAGAUAGACAAGUUACAAUACUAAAAGAAAAACAUGCUGCCAGUCUGAGGGAAUCACACAUCAUGUAUGCAUUUGAGAAGUUAAAGGUAUAGUGUGUAAUUUUAGAAGUUAUGCUGCCAUCCACCAUUUUGAAUUUUGAAUUAUGUUUAGCUUCAAAACCUAUCAGACCUAUGAAUAUUAAGUUAACUUAGUAUAAAAUUGUGAAAAAGGUCAAAUUUGUAAAUAAGCUGCUAAAAUCACACACUGGACCUUUAACAUUUGAAUGCAACAAGAUGCUGCAUGCGAAUCAAGUGCACUCAUAGACCUCAGACCUCCUACAAGCACAAAUCAGAUCAGCACAAAAUGUUAUCAGCUUUAGCCACGAUUGGCACCAUCAUGCUGCCAAAAUGUCACUCGAGAGCGUUGGUGAGUUAUUUGUAAACAAAUGGAUGCAGAUGAAAACAAUCUCCUUGCCAGAGGGAAAAACAAGAAACAACUAACUCAUGUUAGCUACUCUAUUGUGAAAAAGGCCAUAGGGCCACGAUAACACUGAAUGCAGAUUUUGCAGUACAAGCUGGAUUUUUUUCUGUCGUUUGUUAAUAAGAGUGAGCGUAUUCUGUGCUGAUUACCAGCACAAGGUGGAAUGCGGAGUAGAGUAGAAAAAAGUUCAAAUUUAAAGUUGAAAAAACGCUUCAUGUCAUAGGCAGAUUUAUAGGUGUUCUUUAAUCACCAUUAACAACAUUCGAAUUUUCGGCGGACUUGUAAGCAAAAUUUGCAUUUGGUCUGAUGGCAACCAAAAUAGCAGUUACUAGUGCAAGGCGGAUUGUAAGCAGAAAUCCGCAUUUUUAGUGAUCACAGCCUGUUUUUCCAUGUAGUUUCAUGGAACACGUAUCAUUUAACAGCAUUAUCUGUCUUGAAACAUACAUACAUACUGCCAGAAUGUCAUUGUAACAACCAAAGAUUAUCAUGCUAUUUUCAUCUCCUUAGUAUCUGAGCAAGGGAGUGGUCUGUGAAUUGAAGAAUUUCCCUGUGCCUUGGGAUUAUACACAGUCAGGUCCAUAAAUAUUGGGACACUGAGACAGUGUGUCUUCAGAUAAUACAGGUUAUGAUUGCAGAAUGAACGUCGCUGUUUUUCUUGUUUUGUCUUGGGAGAUUUUCAUGCCGCAGUGUUGUCUCGUGUUGGACACAUAUCCAUUCCUUUGGGGUCAUAUGGCAUCAUUUCUGUGUGGUGUGAAGCUGUUGCAUUUGUAAUGCAUGAGGAGUCUUAAACAUGCGUACCUUUAUUUUAAAGACUGACUGAUCAUUAUCCCAGGAGCCACCCUCAGAUAAUAACAUUUGAUAGACUGGUGAUGGAGGUUCUGUUGAAUUUCUGAGGACUGCAAAAAGUUGGGUUUUUUUUGCAGGGCUAAGGUUUUCAUUGCUUUUGUUUGCCAGACCGUAGUACUGAAUAUGAUUGCCAUAUCAGCUCAACUAUUUGGGUCAUCUCUAUUAGCAAUGGCUGAUGUAGACGUGGUGCUAGUGUGCUCUUGAGCAGUAUUGAUCUGAAUGCUGGUUGGAAUGUAGAGAGUGAUUUGCUCUUGGACAAUACUGAACUCGUUUCACUGUGCAGUCAGGUGACUCGGCAGGCUAACAAGACAGAAUGCUUCCGUCCAAUUCCAUUUUAUUGACCCAACGCAGCUGAUUCGCUUAGUUGUACAAA